AUGUUUAAAAAGCCUAUUGCCAAUAUAAAGACAUUCAGUCCUCUUCGAUCCUCAGAUCGCCGUCAUUUUCAGAAUGAGGCAAUAGAAGCCUAUCCGGUGCUAAAAGAUCAAUACGUCAUGCCAAACGAUCUACGUUCUGCAAAAUUCAUUGCUCAGACGUCAACCCAUGGCAUUGUCUACACCUCGGCAGAUCAGCCAUUGUGGAUCUCCUUUGAGAAUAUGACGCCUGUGCCAACGGUCUAUACCAUGUGGAAACACCCUGAUAUGUUACCAAUUCUCUACACCUGGACACCUGUCAUUCAAAAGCUGAUGGAAGGAGCAGAUUUGAUGAUUCCUGGCAUUGUGCCAGGCCCAAGCGGUAUUUUACCAGAACUUAGUCAAGGCGACUUGGUUGCUAUCACCAUCAGAGGAUACGCGUAUCCUUUAGCGGUUGGAACAAUGGCAUUACCAACUUCAGAGAUAAAGCCGAGAUCAGGCAUGAAGGGGAAGGCGGUGCAUAUCAUUCACGUCUACCAAGACUUCCUUUGGGCCAUGGGCGAUAAAUCAGAGCCACCUGGAUUAGAACAAGCUGAUGAUGAGAGCGAACAAGAAGAAAUCAAUGACGAUGAGGAAUCGAAUGAAAACAACAAUAAUAAUUUGAACAUUGAACAAGAGCCACCUAAGAGAGAUCUGAGCACAGAAGAGAUUGACGACAUUUUGAAAACGUCGCUGUAUCAAGCUCUUGUUCAUAAACUCACUUCGGGCCAUGCAAGCCAGCUUCCAAUGUCAGCCUCUUCCUUUUACUCGGCCUAUAUCAUGCCCUGUCGACCGGUAGGAACAGAAGCAGCUGACAUCAAAAAAUCAAGCUGGAAGAAACUGCAAAAGUUCUUGAAGGCCAUGGAAAAAACAGGUUUACUAAAGACAAAAGAGCAACGUGGCGAAGCUGUCAUCACUUCUGUCAACUGGUCCCAUCCAUGCCUACAAAACGUAGCUAAAUACAAAACAAUCGAACAGGCGGAUAGCAGCACGCCACAGACUCAAACACAGGUGGCUCAUGUGGAUCAUUAUCCUCAAGCAGACAUUCAGGAGCUCUUUAAGCCUUUAGGCGCCGCUCUGGUCAAAUUGUUUGAAGAGGCUGAACAGGAUACUGAGGCUCUCUAUACCUAUGUCGAGCUAAGAACGAUGCUAACGAAUUAUAUUAAGCAGAAAGAGCUCGCUAAUCCUAGAAAUCAAAAGAUGGUUCGUUUGGAUGCUAUUUUAUGUGAUGCACUUUUAUCCAAAGCCGAGUACAGGACAAUAGACGAACUUCCUCGAGACCAAUUACUGACACGACUUUGCUCCAAGAUGCAGCCUUUUCACACCAUUCAGCUGCCUGAACAAAAGGAGCCCAUCCUUCGCAAAGGACAUCCAAAGCCUGUGGAGAUUGUUCAAGAGAUUCGUCAGGGACGAAAGACAGUUACCAAGGUUACCGGCGUAGAAGCAUUUGGUUUGGAUGUUGAUGAGCUAGUCAAGGAAUUUACAAAACUAUGUGCAAGCAGUGUCACAUCUGCUCCUAUUCAUGGUGUCAGUCCCAAGAACCCAUUGUAUCAAAUCAUGAUCCAAGGCCCACAGAUCAAGAAUGUGACCGAAGCGAUGCUGCAUAAAGGUGUCCCAAAGAAGUUUAUUGAGGCAACAGAUAAAACACAGAAAAAGAAGAAAUAA